CAUGUUUGACAAGGGGUGAUAACACAAUGUGAUUUCAUAGUAAGUAAUAUAAGAAGUUGUUGCUCUCCCCUUCUAACUUCCGUCCUACAGUUUGACUCCACGACCUUUGUGACCUUUCAGCUUAAUCACGCUUGGAUACUUUAGUGACUUUGAUUUGACGAAUUAAGACUAUGAUUAGAUUGAAACAGAGCUUUCAAUGUGUGAGGUCAACGUGUCUUGGUAGGCUACAACUUGUCGAAAGUAGGCUACUGAGUCGCUUGUCAGUGGGAAGAUAAAUGUUAUGAAGUCUGCGUGUUUCUGACGUAACUAUGAGUUCAAGUAUGGCCGUCAUUUGCCGGUAAUGUGUUUUUAUUGGCUGAAUAGAUUCUGAAGUAACCAUGAGUUCAAGUAUGGCAGAUAAUGUGUUCUUAUUGGCUGAAUAGUUACUGACGUAACCACGACACACAAAUUGGUUGGUCAACACAAGGUCACUUACUGUGGAAAGAGGCUCCUCCACACAUUUAUUGCAUUUAUAUUUAAUGGUUUGACAACACUGGUGGGAUAAACCUGCUUGGAUUACACUGGCUCAUUAUUUUUGUGAAAUUCCAGAAAGAUACCAAUAAGGCAAUGACUUCUCAUGGAUAUUAUUUAUCAAUCUUGGAAAAGAAAUGCUCUCGAAUGAGGUCAUGGUGUAGGAUCGACAACUCCUGGUGAACCAUCAUCGGUCUGCCCACCUACAUUCGAACUGCGCUGGGGGCUGUGUGCGUCUCAGACUGACGCUGUGGUGCAACCAACUCUAAAGGGGAACUUUGACCUUUGAUACAGAACUACAAUGAGCUUCUUCUCCGGUGGCAGAAAUCGAGAAAAGGACACUGGAGGUGCAGCGUCUCAGUUCUAUGUGGAAUUUCUUGGCUGGAUGGAGUGCAGAGGGGUACGGGGCGCCAACUACACUGACCCCGUUAUCCGAGAGCUGAAACAAAGACAGAAACACGUGAUUAAACCGCCGAAAUUAACCAUACAGGUCAGCAAGAGCGAUCUAAAAAUAACACAGGAAGUAGAUGAUGGCAAGAAGAAAGGAAUCAAAAAGAUUAAGUUUCCGACCAUCCCGGCAAGGGACAUAACCUACGUCAAGCAAGGGCGUCACUCAGAUGGGCGCCUAGACGACGUUGUAGCCUGUAUUUACUUGGGUUACAUGCCCCGCACCCAGAAGUUUGUCCACGUGCACGUUUAUCGCUUCGACGAGGCGGCCACGGCAACCACUUUCGCACAGCAGCUGUCGGGCAUCGUGGAGGCUAACUACAAUCACGUUCUGGAGGUUGAAGCGGACCUAAUCAACAAGGGAGAGGUGGACGACAACAGAAUCCAUUCCCCAAGCAUCGACCUCAACGCCGAUGACUCAGCAGUAGGGUCCUCCUCAAGCGCUUUCAGCGACGACGAGCCGCCCAGUUUUAGAAGCGACAUCGACCCUGAUCUCCAAAGUCUCAAAGACGUGUUGCCUUUUGAUAACGUCGCCGAAGAGCUGAAAUUUCGGCUGCAGCUGGGAGACGCCCCUCUGCUCCUGCCUCCCAAAGACUACGACACCAUAAGCCGUGCUCAUGGAAAGCUGGACAAGGUCAAAGAGCGCAGGUGUCUUAAUGUCCACAUUGUGGGACAAAACGCGAUUACUGAAGAGGAUGAAAACAGCGCGAGGUUGGGCUCCAUGGAAAGCGGAGUGGACACUGCGUCGCCAGGGAGCGAUUCAACAGAGAAAAAAGAAAACGUACAUAGGACAACGUCUUCAUCCACAUCCCCAGGAAUUUCACCCAGAGAAGAAAGGCGAUCGCUUAAAGACAAGAAAGCCUCAUCCCUGAACACAAACCACAUGAAACUCGAUCUGAAUUCCAAAAAUAGCCAGCAUUCAGGCAGCAUCUCUCCAGUAUCACCCCCGGUCUCAGCCAAGGAUUUCGUUUACCCGCCAAAGAAGAAAAGCCCACCGACCAGCCCCCGCCUCUAUCGCUCUGAAGUUCCAAAGGACAAGCUGGUGAAGCAGUCCUCCAUCAACUCUUAUCUCAAUGACGUGGCAAGGCCUCAAGACAACGUCUUCCGGGAAGAGAAGCCGACCCACUAUUUCCCAAAUAGCUCUUCGGAGGAUAUCUACGCCAUGCCGGCAAAGAGGAGCACAUCCAAAUCAUCUAGUAAUCCAUUGCCCCCAGAGGUCGAGCUUCCUCCCGACUACGACGACGACGUUGUAUUCAACAACAACAACAUCAACGGCAGCAAGUUCAACAAGGCGGAACCCGUGAAUCACAAAGCACGUUUGAAGCGAAACGCCUCUGAAGAUUACCCCCGACAGGAGUUUCUCUCGAGCAGCGGAAGGCCAGCUGACAUUUGGCGAAACGAUCCUUACGCUGCAGCCCGCCCAUCCCAUCAAGCCAAUGACAAAUCCAAUGCCCCUCGAUUUGGCCGCGUUAACUCUACCAAAAAGUAAAUUAAAAAAAAGCAUGCCACAAACAUAAGAAAGGAACGAUUAAAAAAAGCCAAGAUGUCCAUUAAUUGUGGCUCGCUAAAUUGCACUGAUCUACUUAGCAUUAUUGCGGGCUAAAGAUUCUUAUUUGUGUAUAUUGUUCAAUUCUAAAUGUAAUAUAUAUAAACAUUCUUGUAGGGAAUUGUUACAAUUGCGACAAGAUUGCAACUGUAGAUUGUGAUUUAGAUUUCUGAGAAUAUAAAGUGAUGUUAGCUCAAAUUCUGAAAUUGUGCCUGUUGUAAAUGGAAAUCUGAGAUUGCGAUUCUUAUACUGUGAAAACAUUUAUAUACAUAUAUUAAUUACAAAAGAGACACGCAUUUGAUAUCCUGAAGAAAACUACCGCCAAAGACCAAGUGCUUACUGAAAAAUACUGUAAUCGACCUCGACAGACAAUGGCUUUAUCUAAUAUAUUGAGAUAAAAUAUGUAGGUCACAGCUGGGUCUUGGUGGUAGACUUCAAUCUUCCUUAUUGUUUUGGUUCGUACACAAUGCCACACAUACCUAAACAGAGUUUAGUACAAAAAAAUGUUUGUGUGUGUGUCAUGAUUCAACAGGUUGUGGGUGUGUACAUAUUGUGUGUAUGGCAUAUACUCAGGCAAAGAGCCUUAGGACAAGGAGAAAUCAAACCAAUUUAAAGCAAAUAAAUAUUGAGAAGAAAUCCAUUUGCUGUGGUUCGAGUCCCAUAUUUCUUUGACUGUUACAUCCUUACUAUUGAUAUUAGUAUUGAAUGUUGGACUCUACUUUCAGCAAAUCUAGUAAACAAUUUAUUGUAUUAAGUUUAAGUCUAUGAGGUUAAGUUGACAUUCAAUAAUUGUGUAGCCUAUAAGUAAAAUUCAUACCUUGCGAUCAGUGGGGGCGGAUGAUGUGGUCAUCAGUUUCUGUCUCCAACUGUUAACCAGGAUGUCAUGUGGCCAGCACAACGUCCAGACGCCUAUUACUUUGACCCAUAAAAUGUCAGGUCCCCAUUAGAGUUUUGUAAAUUCAGUUGCUCUCUAGAAAUCCAGAAGUUUAAAAUCCCAUUCUUCACCAAGAUUCAAACCUAGGAGCACUCAGUUCAUAAGCCAUGAGCUUUAUCACUGAACCACCUCGCCCCCCCCCCCCCCCCCAAGGGAGGUCUAUGAUUUUCAGUUCCAGUUCCUUAAGUGUUUAAGUAGAGGAGAGGACCAGCUUUUUUGUUUCUUGUAUGAUAACUUUGAAGAUGAUGAGAGGUUGUUAUUUAUAAUUUAAAUUGCUAACGAGCCUUAGUGUAGCCUGCUUUCUCCAACACGUUGUUAAAUAUAAUGUUUGGUCUCUGAUGCGACUUUAAACCCAGCGAGAAAUAGAUUCCGACUUAGUCCAGGCUUCAACUCGAGCUCUUAGAGUUUAGAACUAAAUACCUGCCAACACAGCUACGUUAAUUCAUGUCCUGAAUUUUUGUUGUAUUAUAUUAAUUGCAAUACAUUGUAAUGUAGUGUGGUGAGGAGUUCUUGUUCUUACUCUUUCCACAGCUCUGUUUAUUGUGCUGACAUUGAGUUGUCUAUCUUAUAUUUCAUGAACUUUUUGGGUCAAAUCUCUGUAGUACAUAUUUUAUUUGUUUAUUUCGGAACAGCCAUGGCUAGCGUAUCCCAUGUACCUAUAUACAUUGUAAUAUUGGAGUAUGCGAAUAACUUAAUGUCAGUGUGUUCUAUUUUAUUUUGUAGAGUUUGUUCAACUUUACAAUAUUCUGUCCGAAACCAGGCAAGUCACAAAUAUAUGGGCGCCAAUAGCAACUACCUGGUCAGACAGUGACACUCCGUUAUCAUUCAUAGUUUUUAGAUUACGCGGUUCAAAUGAAUGUAAACAUACAUUAAAAUGUUUUGGGAUAAACUUUACACUUCAGUUUAUAUAGAAUUGGUUCUCAUGAGCUGCAAAUCUUUACCUUUCACACACAAAUGGUUCUUAUGAACUGUAAAUCUUUACUUUCACACAGAAACGGCUCAAAUAGACUUUAUUUGUGUGGCAUAAAAAACUUAAAUACCGAGUAAGAGGACUUGAGUUUAAAUCCCGGAAAUGUUCUCCCAGAUUCCCCAACACGUUCACAAAAUAUGUUUGGAUCAGAACGCACUUUGCAAACUAUUGCAUGAAAAGAAACCUUUACACACACACCUAAAAUGGUUCAUAUAAACUUUUGUUGAGUAGCGUAAGCCGCCUGACUACCGAGUACGGGGGCUCAAGUUCUGAUCCACACUCGAACUGAUUUGCGUUUUCUGAGCGCCUAAAGGCAGCACGGAAGCCUUGUCCCAGAUACCAGCAGAAGUUCACACAAACCUGAUUGUAUCAGAGGGCACUAAGCAAAGAAAAGAAAACUUUACACACAAAAAAGGUUCACAUCAUCUGUAAUCAUUUCACUUUAUAUCCAGAGAUGGCAAAAGGAAAAUAAAAUAUCAAUCUCGAGGGCUGCAGUGUCGUAGCUAAGAAUUUGCCAUAAUUUUUGGUCCCGAUGCAUUUUGCGUAAUAAUCAAUAUUUAAUGUAAAAACACUCAUUUAGGGGCCCCUCCAAGUUGGGGCCAGGGGAGAUUUUCUAAUUCUUGCGAGGGCAGUAAAGUCUUUCGUCCAAGUCAACCCUAACUUGCCCAGGGGUUCGUGGUGCCUGGGCUGGGCUUUGUACAUGAUGUUCUGUGAGCCUAUUUAUAAACACACGUUAAUAUCCUAUACAUAUUUUAUCGUAACUCUUGGGAUGCACAUUACCCCAAUAACAAACUGUAUCAAUUACUCAAAUGUAUAUAGAUAUAUAUCAGCUGACUUAGGGCAAUGUAUCAGACAAUGAAGAAUGUACAUGAAUAAAUAAUAUAUUUUUAUAUAGCAAAAAAAAUAUAUUAAUAAACCAAACAAGCAGGAAAAAUAUAUUGAUUUACUAAAAAUUGUUUUAUAUCGUCAGUUGUAAAGUGUGAUCAAUAUAUCUGUAUACUCUUGUCUUAUAACAUAUCAUAUGCCUAUUUUUUUAUAUUUAAUUUCUAAUUGUUCUAUAUCUGCUAAUGAUGUGUGACUAAGGACUGUAGAGAAUAGAAUAACAAAAAAAAAAAGGUAUUGAAUGAAUAGAAUGGGAAGCGUUUUGGACCAAGACCCAAAACAUCCUAUAGAGAAAAGAAUCUGAUAGAGUCUACAGAAUCGUAGUAAGAAACAUUAUUAUACGAAUCAUGCGUUUGAUAUCUUUUUUAACUGUGUAAUUUGAAUAUGUAUUUAUUGCUGUUAAAAUAAUAAUUUAAAUUAAAGCAUUUUUUUUUUG